GCGUUGACAUGGACAGUGUAUCGCAGAAUACUUCGAAAACACUGAGCGAUCUGGAAGAACUGACAGAAAUAGAAGAGUUUGCGAAAUGUGUUUUGUACAGAUAUUAGCUGCUUAUGUGUCAAAUUUAACAGGAGGUCGUCGAUGAAUUAAUUGCAGUAACUAGGACGUUGAUAGAUUAGUCUCGCGCCGGGCAUCUACGGGAUCUUUAACGCACAAGAAACUAGCAGUCCGGACAGGUUUCGAGUCCACUUCUUAGUGCGUGGACUGAAUCAGACACAUGGGUGGGAAUCUCGGGUGCCACCGGUCCAUUCCCAAGGACCCCACUGACAUCAGCCAGGGCAAGCGCAAGUUCAGCGCGGCGUGCAACUUCAGCAACAUCCUGGUGAACCAGGAGCGGCUGAACAUCAACACGGCCACCGAGGAAGAGCUCAUGACUCUACCGGGCGUGAACCGCGGGGUGGCUCAAAACAUCGUGGAGUACCGGGAAUGCAUCGGGGGAUUCAAGAAAGUUGAAGACCUGGCUUUGGUUAGCGGGGUCGGUGCCACUAAAUUAGAGGCUAUUAAACUAGAAAUUUGCGUUUCGAGCAAAAACGGCUCGUCUAAUCACUCGCCAUCGUCUUUGCGCAAAGAGCACGAGCACCUGCCAUGCACCGGCGUGAACAUAAACACUGCCACGCCGCCGCAGCUCAUGAGCGUCCGCGGCAUCACCCAGAAAAUCGCCAAGAACAUCGAGGAGUUCCGUUCCGUCCACGGCCCCUUCAAAAGCAUAGAAGAUCUGGUCAAAGUGCCCGGCGUCAAUUCAUCCCUGUUGGACAAGAUCCGUUUCCAGGUGUUCGUAGGGCGCUCCAGGACCCCGUCAACGAACACGAACGGAGGAUUCACGCAUCCGAGCCCCACGUCCUUCAGUGUCCGCAGUGAUGAGCUAGAUUUUCCUCCAGGAGGACCGGCGCUCAUCGCCUCUCUGCGGCCCUGCGUGGAGCCUCCUGCGGGCACGCGUGACGGGAAGCCCGUGGUGCGAGUGGGCACCUGGAACCUGCAGCGCUGCUCCAGUGAGAAAGCCAACAACCCCGGGGUCAAAGAGGUCGUCUGUAUGACCUUACUAGAAAACGACAUUAAGCUGCUAGCGGUUCAAGACCUGGCCGAUCGGGACGCUCUAGACAAGUUCUGUGCAGAGCUGAAUCAGCCCACCCUCUCCAGUGUACGCCAGUGGAAGAACGCCAGAAGCCAGUGGAAAUGUGCUGUUUCAGAAAGACCCACCGGACUGUCCAGUAACGAGUACUCAGGCUUCCUGUGGGACAGCUCUUCAGGGAUUGAAAUUAAGGAUGCCACCGUCUUUGAAAACUCUGCUACGAAUGGUAAUGGGAAACAUCCCCAUCCUCAGCCAUACCUGGGCCGUUUUUAUAUUGGAUCAUCAGAACUCACUCUGGUGAAUUUGCACCUGAGAGCAGCAACUUCACCUGAAGAACAGAAAGCAACAAAUAGCUGGUUUGAUGAGCUCAAAGCCAACAGACUGAGCACUGGAAUCCAAGAGACUCUCAAAGGUGAGAGAGAGUUGCUGGUGCUCGGGCACUUUGGCAUGGCUCCUGACAGCCCUGAGAUGGAGUGCCUGAGGAAAGAAAAACUGACUGCUCUCCUCCCACCAUCCAUCUUUACAAAUAUCAGCACCCGAACCCCGCAAGGUUCCCGCUGUCUGGACAACGUCUGGGCUAGCCGCUCCCUCAAAAAGAUCUACACGGGUCAUUGCUCAGUGGUGCGGGAGGGAUUAACUAAUCCCUGGAUUCCUGAUAACUGGUCGUGGGGUGGUGUGGCAUCCGAGCACUGCCCUAUAGUGGCAGAAUUCUUCGUAGACAUCUUCCAGAAGGAGCGUCUGUGCAAUGGAAACAGAGUGCCGGUGGUGGAGAGAGGAGACAUCAUGCCCAAACAUGAGCGGUGACCUCUGACCUUUUAGAUGGUCAUUAUAGAGCAGUCAAUAUGAAUGAAUAAUGGCUGCACUAACACAAUGACAGACUGAACAUACAGCUCUGGAGACCACUGCAAAAUGAUCAGUUUUUCAGGAUUUACUAUUUAUAGGUUUGUGUUUGGGUAAAAUGACCAUUUUUGUUUUAUUCUAUAAAGUACUGACAAAAUUUCUUACAAAUUCUAAAUAAAAAUAUUGUCAUUUAGAGCAUUUAUUUGCAGAAAAUGACAACUGGUCAAAAUAACCAAAAAGAUUCAGUGUUUUCAGACCUCGAAUAUUGCAAAGAAAACAAAUUAAUAUUCAUUUUUAAACAACGACUGCCCGAUUCCAGUCUUGCUGAAGCACCCCCAGAUCAUCACCGAUGCUCCACCUGGUUGUCUAAUGGUUAGACGGAGACAUGGAGAGGCCUUCAAGACACAGUGUCUCGCUCCCACUGUAAGUCUGUAUUUCUUCCUCUAUACUUUUCUUCCAGUUUGGAAUGCCCAAUGCCCACUACUUAGUAGGUCCUUGUGGUUGCGCGGCAACUUGCCUCAAUCCGGGUGGCGGAGGACAAGUCUCAGUUGCCUACUCUUCUGAGACCGUCAAUCCACUCUUUUAUCACGUGGUUUGUUGUACAUGACAUCGCGGAGACUCACAGCAUGUGGAGGCUCAUACAACUCUCCGCGAUCCACGCACAACUUACCACACGCCAUUGAGAAAGAAAUCCACUAAUCGCGACCACAAGGAGGUUACCCCAUGUGACUCUACCCUCCCUAGCAACUGCUUAGGAAAUUUGGUGGAGGAUCAGGUGAUGAUUUCCUGGAAGAAAUCUUGUUUCCUUCUGCUCUGACAAUGUUCCCUAACUCUGAGGAUUGGUUUUUCCAGCAGGACAAUGCUCCAUGACACACAGCCAUAUCAAUCUAGGUGUAUAUGCAGGACGACCAGAUCAAGACCCUGUCAUGGCCAACCCAAUCUCCAGACCUGAACCCCAUUGAAAACAUCUGGAAUGUGAUCAAGAGGAAGAUGGAUGACCACAAGCCAUCAAACAAAGACGAGCUGCUUGAAUUAUUGCUCCAGGAGUGGCAUAAAGUCACCCAACAGCAAUGUGAACGACUGGUAGAGAGCAUGCCAAGACACAUGAAAGCUGGGAUUGAAAAUCAGUGUUAUUCCACCAAAUAUUGAUUUCUGAACUCUUCCUAAGUUAAAACAUUUGUUUUAUGUUUAAAAAUGUAUAUGAACUUGUUUUCUUUGCAUUAUUUGAGGUCUGAAAACACAGCAUAUUUUUGGUUAUUAUGACCAGUUGUUAUUUUCUGCAAAUAAAUGCUCUAAAUGACAAUAUUUUUAUUUGGAAUUUGGGAAAAAUGUUGUCAGUACUUUAAAGAAUCAAAUGUUCAUUUUACUCAAACACAUACCUAUAAAUAGUAAAUCCAGAGAAAAUAAUUUUACAGUGGUCUCUUAAUUUUGUCCAGAGCUGUAUAUGGAGAGCGAGAGAAUUGCACCAUGAUUGCCUUUUAUUUUGUUCAAUGUACAGUAGAGAUUAUAUAGCAACAAAUAUUUGAUUUCUAUUAAGAGUGAUGUGAAGAGAAAGAUAUUUAAGCAAAGCUUUAUUAAAGAUGAAAAUAGAAUAAAACGGAAGAAAUUAUAAGCUGUGCCAAAACUUUAAGUGCAUACAAUAAAUUAAUAUAUGCAACCUGA